GCUUGACGUAUACGGUUGGGAAAUUAGGGUUUGGUGGGUUCUUGGAGAUGUUGUAGCCGGCGAGUACUCAAUAAAUAAGGAGGGCUUUGAGUUCCAAUCUAACUCAAAGACUGAACCCUCUUAUAAGGAGGGCUUGCCGUCAUCAGUUAAAGAUGGCGGAUGAGGGACGAGCCACCGCCAUGGCCGCUACAGGAAGCCCUAGCAAUCGCCACAGUGACAUCAUCGCCAAAGAAGCUGGAGACUUGAUCAGUAGUUUGCAUGAUGAUAUUCUCCAACUUAUUCUCUCCUAUCUUCCAACCAGAUUCGCCAUCAGAACUUCAGCCUUGUCCAGGCGAUGGAGGCAUCUAUGGUCUGAUACAUGGUCCCUCACCUUUUAUGGGGAUAGACCAGAUGCUGCUUCUAUUAACGGAAUCCUAGAUCGCUACAGGGCUCCCAAGAUGAUGAGUUUCCGUAUCUGUUCCGGUUCCCUCUGUUCCCGUUCCCUCCGUUCCCGUGCCAACCGAUCCGACAAGCUUGCUGACAUCGACAGUUGGAUCAACUUCGCCGUGUCCCGAAACGUGGAGAAUCUGUCCCUGUAUCUCGAUAAGGAUGAAUAUGAUAUCCCUGACUUCCUUUACGUCAAUUCCUCUCUCAAACAACUCUACCUUCAAUUAAGGUAUUUCACUAAUGAUAUGAAUCCCAAAUGCUCUGUGUCUUGGAUAUCCCUUAAGACCCUGUCAUUGUAUGAUUGCAACAUCUCUGAUGAAUCUAUUGCUAAUAUUCUAUCUGGUUGUCCCGUUCUCGAGAGCUUAUCUUUGCUUUUCUGCAAUAAACUGAGGGUUCUUGAUCUCAGCAAAUCACCGCAUCUACUAACAUUAGAAAUCAAGCGUUAUUGUGUUACGGAGCCAACACAGCUCGUUGCACCACAUAUCCGUUGUCUCAGAUUGAGGAACUCUGAGAAACCAUGUGCUUUAGUUGAUGUCUCCUCUUUAUCCCAAGCUGAACUAGACAUUGCCGUUUUCAAAAUAGUUGAUAAUAAACUGGACGUUGAUUUUCAUCAGACCAUGGUGGUAAAGAUGCUAGAAAAGUGUCAGAAUGUGGAGAAGCUUACUUUGGGGGCAAACAUUCUUAAGAUUUUAUCUCUUGCCGAGCUCCGUGUUGUUUCUUUUCCAAAGUUGAAGCUUAAAGCUUUGACACUUGACACAAUGAUCUCUCGAUAUGUUAUUGCCGGUAUAGUAAGGGUGCUACAAAACUCGCCUGACUUGAAGAAGCUAACCAUACAACCAAUGGGCACAUAUCCCAUACCGGAAAAGCAUAUUGACAUAUACUUGGAUUCUCAUGGCUUGAAUUGGGAUCAAUCCUGGAGCUCGGAGUUUGAUGUAGAGUUAAAGCAAGUGGCUUCGUUUAUGCAACUUGUGCUUAAAACCACAAAGACAUUAGAGUUGAUUGUAGCAAGGGUGAAAGGUUAUAUCAAAGGAAGAUGUUUUGUAGAGUUGCGUCAGAUGGUUCCAAUGCUUACUCGCAACAACAAUGUCUCCAUUGUGCUCAGCUCAAGAAAAAAACGAUGCAGAGCGACUGGGUAGACAUUUUACAUCAAAGUACUACACUAGAUGACAAGCUCUUCUUUGUUUUUCUUAGGAAAUAAUCGUAUUUGAAUUUUUUUUCUUUACAAUUUUGAAUAUUAAGAGAAUGAUUACCUUGCCACCGAGAAUGAUUUUGUUUCUUAUGCCGUGAUUCCUC